AUGUUGGGCGUUGUCAGAAACACUUGUCACCGCCAUCCUUGUAAAGGAGCCUUGGCGUUACUGCGUGGAGGCUCUUGUAACAUGCUGAUCCGAAGCAUAACCACUGAAAGGAUCCCUGGCCCUCCAAAGUUGCCAAGAGAAGAGCAGGAAGAAUUUGAAAGACUGCAGAAAAUCGCCACAUCACAAGAGGCAAUCGAUCAGUACAAUGCACGUGCCAUGGGUGAUCACACAAAGGAGAGUUUGAACUCGCCACUUUUGACCAAAAACGACAUUGGUUCAUUCUCACCAGAAUUUUCGAAGACCAUACCAGAAUUUGAAGGCGAUGUUAACCCCAAAACUGGUGAAAUCGGGGGACCCAAGCAGGAUCCAUUGAGACAUGGCGAUUAUUCGUUUAAUGGAAGGGUCACAGAUUUCUAG